UUAAGUGGGAAAAUGUGUGAAGAGAGUGAUGGGUGAAAAUCUAAAACCCGUAAUUCCAAUCAAAAUGUUUUGAUUUUGAUUGGGAUUUCUCUUGAUUCAUCAAGUGAUGUUAACUGUGAAAAAUCAAAUCUUUAGUUGUUUCUUUCUCUAAGUCAAUGUGCUGGGCGGCAACUCGACCAGCACUGAUUAAACUAUCUCCAUUCCUGUUUCAUCGAUUCGUCAUACCUUCACUAACAAUGUGCAAUAGAAAAAAACAAACCCUAGAUUUUUCAACUUUUAAAAAAACUCCUUCAUCAGAACUUGAAAACCUUCUCAUUGUUGCCUCUAUUUCAAAAACCCUAAUCAAGUCUGGUACUCGAAAUCUCGAUUAUGAUUCAAUCCCUCUAUCUGAAUCUAUUGUUCUUUUAGUUCUCCAAAGGAGUUCAGUUCAUACAUUUGAGAAAAUCGAUUUUUUAAAAUGGGUUUCUUCUGGGCAUAAUUACAAACACUCUGCAAGCACGUAUUCAGCUAUGUUUCACGUAAUUUGUCGGUCUGGGUGUCUUCAGGAAAUUUUUCCUUUGUUAGAGUUGAUGAGAAAAGAUGAUGUUGUUAUUGAUUCUGCGACGUUUAAGUUAAUUCUCGUCUCCUUUAUCAAUUCAGGUAAUCUUGAUUCAGCUUUGAAAUUAAUAAGUGAAGUGGAAACAAUAGUGACUAGUUUGAAUCCACACAUGUAUAAUUCUGUUCUUAUUGCUUUUCUUAGAAAAAAGCAAGUGACUGUCGCAUUAGGUAUGUUUAAAACGCUUUUAGCCAGUCCUAAUGGUGGUGAUGCUUUUGUUCCCGACACUUUACUAUGUAAUGAAAUGUUUGUUGCUUUGAGAAAAGCAGACAUGAGGGUAGAAUUCAAACAAGUUUUUGAGAUAUUGAGAGACAAAAAAGGGUUUGAAUUGGAUACAUGGGGUUAUAAUAUAUGCAUUCAUGCAUUUGGGUGUUGGGGUGAUUUAACUACUUCCUUGAAAUUGUUUAAAGAGAUGAAAGAACAAGAACAUAAUUCAGGAUCUUCAGGGCCAGAUUUGUGUACUUACAAUAGUUUAAUACGUGUUCUUUGCGCGGUUGGAAAGGUUAAAGAUGCUUUGAUUGUUUGGGAGGAGUUGAAAGGCUCAGGUCAUGAUCCUGAUGCUGUUUCGUACCGAACUAUCAUUCAAGGGUGCUGCAAAACUUACAGGAUAGAUGAUGCAACAAGGAUAUUCAGUGAAAUGAAAUACAGCGGAUUUCGUCCAGAUACUCUCGUUUAUAAUUCAGUCCUUGAUGGGUUGUUUAAGGCGAGGAAGAUGAGAGAAGCAUGCCAGUUUUUUGAGACGAUGGUUCAAGAUGGAGUUAGAGCUUCAUGCUGGUCUUACAAUAUCUUGAUCGAUGGCUUAUUCAGAAAUGGAAGAGCUGAGGCUGCUUAUACACUAUUUUGUGACUUGAAAAAGAAGGGAGAGUUUGUUGAUGGUGUUACUUACAGCAUUGUUAUCUUGCACUUAUGCAAGGAGGGUCUAUUAGAAGGAGCAUUGGAAUUCGUAGAAGAAAUGGAAGCUAGGGGUUUUGUGGUUGAUCUGGUUACAAUAACGUCUCUUUUGAUCGAGAUCUAUAAGCAACACAGGUGGGAUCAGACUGAGAGACUGUUGAAGGUCAUCAGGGAUAGCAGUAUAUUGCCAGAGGUUCUCAGGUGGAAAGAUAACAUGGAGGUCGCAAUGAAGGGUCCUCAUGGAAGAACAAAAGACUUUACCUCAAUGUUCCCUUCUAAAGGAAAUUUGAGUGAGAUAAUGGAUUUUAUAAGUUGGUUACAUCCUAAUACAGGAGAGUGUAGCAAUCUUGUUGCAGAAGGUGAAGCCGAAUCUGAAUUGACUUCUUCUUCCACCUAUAAUUGGUCGCCAUCUCCUUACAUGGAUAAACUUGUGGAUCAAAUAGGAUCCUCCAACAGUUCUCUUAAGUUUUCAGUAUCUAGGAGUCGUAGAGUUCAAGAAAAAGGGAUAAGAUCAUUUGACAUUAAUAUGGUUAAUACGUUCUUAUCGAUCUUUUUGGCUAAGGGAAAUUUAAGCUUAGCUUGCAAAUUAUUUGAGAUUUUCACUGAGAAGGGCGUGAAUCCUGCGAGCUACACUUAUAAUUCGAUGAUGACUUCUUUCAUCAAGAAGGGAUACUUUAAUGAGGCGGGGGGUAUUCUGCAUGAGAUGGGUGAAAAUCUCUGUCCAGCGGACAUUGGAACGUAUAAUAUCUUAAUCCAAGGCUUGGGAAAGAUGGGUAGAGCAGAUUUGGCGGGCGCCGUUCUCGAUCAGUUGGAGAAGCAAGGUGGAUAUCUGGAUAUUGUUAUGUAUAAUACCUUAAUUAAUGCAUUAGGAAAGGCUGGGCGAAUUGAAGAAGUGAAUCAGAUGUUUGAGCAGAUGGGGAAGAGUGGGAUUCGUCCUGAUAUCUUCACGUACAAUAUACUCAUUGAGGUUCACAGCAAGGCUAGUCGAGUGGAUGAAGCACGCAAGUUCUUCCAGAUGAUGUUGGACAAUGGUUGCUCCCCUAAUCGUGUUACACACACAACCUUGGAGUUUCUUGGAAAAGAGAUUGAGAGGUUGAGAUAUCAAAAGGCGUCAAUCAAAUUGAACAACAAGGAUGAUACUACGUGAGCAUCAGUUUUGCUCGCAUUUGUAUGUAAAGUCUACACAAGAAGACCAUAACCAGCUAUAGCCAUCAACGGUGAAAGUGGGAAUCAGUGUGGUUAAUUUCAUCUGGAACGCAGUUUUUUUCAAUGCAUUUCAAGAUGAAGCCAGAAUUGUUACUCCUGCAGUAGAUCCUGCUGUGGUCGAAACUUGCAGUAAUGCUGGUCUUGAACGAAAGAGCUACUGCAGUGUCGAUGACGGUCACGGUUUCAGUGGGACACUCAGUUUGCAGUCGUCCUGGAAAGAUGCAGUUCAGGAUAUCUUUGUUCCUCUGAAAGCUCGGCUUCCUCGUACACACAGUGGAGCUUAAACCCCGUUGUGCUGGGUUCUUAUUCGUUGUUACACCCUGAAAUGUUUCAUAUUUUUAUAAUGGUUUCCCCAGCACAGAAUCAUGUAAUGUUGUAUUAUUCAUGUAAGAGAAAGAAAGAGUUCAACGAUCUGUGUCACUGUUGAGUUUAAGAGCGUACCUGGAGCCGAGCUCAACUAACAGUGACAUAUCAGCAAAUAAAUAUCUUGGAAAUUUUCCAUAAAUUUGAUGAUUAUAUACAACUUGCACAUGAUAAA